AAAGUUGCGUGCGAUGAGCCAGCUUCAGCAGCUUGCGUGGAAUGGCCUGCGCAUCGGCGCCGGCGCCUACUGCCUCAAGACGUACGUCGGCGAUGUCAUCCUCGGCCUCGGGCCGUCCAUGACGCCGACGAUACCGGAUGGCACCGUCUUGCUCGUAGACCGCCUCUCUCUGCGCUGGAGGCCCGUAGCUGCCGGCGACGUCGUCCUCGCCUACUCGCCCGUCAAGGCCGACGCCUCCAUGUGCAAGCGUGUCAUCGCCAUGGAAGGCCAAGUCGUCAAGCGCCGGCCCAUCGGCGACGCCACCGAGCCCGACACGAUCACAAUUCCGCCGGGGCAUGUGUGGGUCGAAGGCGACAACUCGGGCAUGUCGGUUGACUCGCGCCACUUUGGGCCCAUCCCGCUCGCUCUCGUCUUUGGCCGCGUCGCGUUCACGCUCUGGCCCAGCUGCGCCCGUGUGCGCUAA